GACGGCUCGCCAGGAAUUCUGGGAUAUGCAGUCUGACUCCAUUCUCCACAUAUAGCCUAAAUAUCACAUUUAUGUUCUAACACGAGCAGGCGGGUCUGAACAGGAGACACAUGGAAAGAGAAGCACAAUGAAGAUCAACAUAUGGCUACAAAACACUUCAUACUGCGCUCAGCAAACCAUGCAGGAUGAUUUACUGAUGGACAAAAGCAAAGCUCAGGCUCACCAACAGCAACCAGACCCAGCGUGCGUCGAUCCUCCUUCCACACCGACUCCUUCCUCCUCAGAGCCGAGCGUCUCCGAGGACAGCAGCCCGUCCAGCUGCACUAGUCAAGCGCCUUCGCUUUCCAACAGCAAAGUAGCCAUGGAAUCGCCUAUAUUACCCGGUCUGGGCUUCCCCGAGACCGGGGGCAACUCGCUGUCUCCGUCGUUCGCCAGCACUUGGUCAUCAGGCACCGCGAACACCGUGGAUGAUCCGUUUUUCCAAGGGAUCCCGUCGGUUAACGGCACCAUGCUGUUCCAGAACUUCCCGCAUACGGUUUUCGGAGGCGGAUUCUCGCCACAGAUCGGCUUGUCCCAACAGCAGCAGGUACAGCAGCAGCAGCAGCAGCAGAGGAGAUCUCCAGUCAGUCCGAACCAGGCUGCUUUUCCUCAGAGGAACGCGUACAGCCAUGUCAUGAACAGCAAGGCCUCUCCGUCCUCCUCUACUUCGGGCUGGAACGCACAGCACAGCGCAGUUUGGAGCUCCGGCUCGAACCCAUGGAGCGGGAUACCGGCUGGCCGGGAUCCGCGAAGAUCGGUCGGGGUCGGCAUGCCUCCUGCUCUCACCCCGAUCUCUCCGAUGAAGAAGCCCUAUCCGGGUAAUGUGAUCGCUCCGCCGAAGUUCCCCAGAGCCGGACCGCUUGCGCACAAACCCUGGCUGGAGGACAACGCGUUCAGGACCGACAACGGCAACAUGUUACCUUUUCAGGACCGGAAUCGGCCCUUCGAUCCAUUUAGCUUGCAAACUUUGGAGAAUUCCUUAAUGGAUAUCAUAAGGACUGACCACGACAAAGGUAAACAUCACCCUGUCGGGGGCCCACCAAUGACUAUCGCUGAUAUUGUGUGGAGGAAUCAUUUUGCAGGACGUAUGGGUUUGAACUUUCAUCACCCAGCAGCAGAACACAUAAUGCCACUGAACCGGAGCUAUGGUCGCAGACGAGGUCGCUCAUCACUGUUUCCUUUCGAGGAUGGUUUCUUGGAUGAUGCUCAUGGGGAUCAGUCUCUCACUCCAGGGCUAAAUUCCCCCACUCGCUGUCAGAACGGUGAGAGGAUGGAACGCUACUCCAGGAAGGUCUUUGUUGGUGGACUGCCUCCAGACAUUGAUGAAGAUGAAAUAACCAACAGUUUCCGUCGCUAUGGGCACCUGGUGGUGGACUGGCCUCAUAAAGCAGAAAGCAAGUCCUACUUUCCUCCUAAAGGUUAUGCCUUCCUACUUUUCCAGGAGGAAAGUUCAGUUCAGGCACUAAUUGACGCCUGUAUUGAGGAAGAUGGAAAGCUGUAUUUGUGCGUUUCCAGCCCCACCAUUAAAGAUAAACCGGUCCAGAUUCGCCCAUGGAACCUGAGCGACAGUGACUUUGUGAUGGAUGGUUCCCAGCCUCUGGACCCUCGCAAGACCAUCUUUGUGGGAGGCGUCCCCCGACCUUUACGUGCAGUGGAGUUAGCGAUGAUUAUGGACCGGCUGUAUGGAGGCGUGUGCUAUGCUGGUAUUGAUACUGAUCCUGAAUUGAAGUACCCAAAAGGAGCAGGUCGAGUGGCUUUCUCCAAUCAACAAAGCUACAUCGCUGCCAUCAGCGCUCGAUUCGUCCAGCUGCAGCACAAUGACAUCGACAAGCGGGUGGAGGUCAAGCCGUAUGUGCUGGACGAUCAGAUGUGUGACGAAUGCCAGGGUGCCCGCUGUGGGGGCAAGUUUGCUCCGUUCUUCUGUGCCAAUGUCACAUGCCUGCAGUACUACUGCGAGUACUGCUGGGCCAGCAUUCACUCGCGCGCCGGCCGCGAGUUCCACAAACCGCUGGUAAAGGAAGGAGGAGACCGACCACGCCACGUCUCCUUCCGCUGGAGCUGAUGAGGGGGGCGCUUCGUCUCCCCUUCACUCCCAUCCCAUCUCAUCCCAUCUAUCCCUUCAACCAACUAACCACCACCAUCACGACUACAACCCAACAUAACCUGGGUCAACUUUUAUCUUUUCUUUUUAGGAGUACAAAAAAAUCACAGCUCUUA